CAUUUUGUCAGCAAACGUGCAAUAAUGAUAGUUUAAAAAUAACAAAUACAUACAGAGAAAAUAUUUACAAUGCUUUAUAUUAUUUGAAAAUUAAUCUUCCAAAAACUUUUGUAAACUUAAUUAUGAGUUUAGAUGUUGUAGGAAUGACUAAUUUUGUUGGUAAACCAUUACUUUGUUCAGUUAUUAAUCCCUUUGAAUGUCCUUGUAUGUUUGGUAUGAAAAAUCGAAACCGACUUCAUAUUUAUCACAAAUUCAUUAAUGAGUUUCGUAAUAUUGAAAAAGAAGUAGUUCAAAAUCAGACAUUAAAUCAAGAUGAUGACUUUACAGUAGUAUUGCAACCGUUCACUGAAGACCUAAUUUGGCCAGUACUAAAAAAUGGUAACACCGAUAUGUCAUUGUUAUCAGCAGAUUGUUUUCACUUAAGUCAAAAAGGUUACGCAAGAGGUAUUUUUAAAUUUCAUUACAGUAAUAUAAAUUUAGUAGUAAAUAUAAAAAUAAAUUCUUAAUAGGAAAUUACAAAA